GCCAAUUAAAAAAAAAACACUCCCCCUCCUGUUUCGCGCAUCCAUCCUUCUCCCUUCCCUCCAACCUCUCUGCCGAUUAAUCCCCCCUCAACGAAGGCAAACUGGUCGGCACCUACCCUCGACAAAGCCAGCAAAAUCGACGCCAACCGUCGACGAACCGAACCUCGUCGCCGCGAACUCGUCCCCGCCAACCCUAGUCGAAGGCAUCCCUCCUCCCGGUUCCCGCCAACCUCCGUCGAAGGCGAGCGUGGUCGCUGGGCACUCCAAGUUGCGAACCUUCCUCCCUGUCUCAGUCAAAAAUGGGGCGAACCCCGCUAUUGACCAUGGCAGAAAGAUUGGUGUUUGCGGCGUCAUGGUGAUGGCCUGAGUGUGCAUAUAAGACCAUGGCAGAUGAAAGAUGUGAAUUUGCAAUGAGGCUGUGGGCUUUGAGGAAGCGAUCGACCUAGACAAGUUUGGGUGUGCAUAUUUAGUGUUUUGGUUGUAAAACAAUGAUGUAACCUUGCUAUAUACUGAUUUUUUGGUGGUACAUUUAUUGCCUGAAUGUUGAAAGUUAAAUGUGGACUUUGGUUGUUAAAUGUAGGAGGUUGUACAAUGUUUUACUAUCAAUGUUGUACAAUGUCCUAGAAUGUACUCCCAAAUAUUACCUAAAUUGAUAUGCCUAUUUGUUUUUGUGGCAAACACUUAAUGUUUUUGGCGUUAAUAUAUAUAGAGGAUGACUUUGCCUGUGAAGAAGAAAA